GUGGAUGUUACAGAUUAAAGCGGAUAAAGUCAUAUGGUUACUAACUGCAAAACACAUCUGUACAGAAGGACUAAAAGCCUUCCCGGUGACGUCACUUGACUAAACACCCACCCUUCUCCACUUGGAAAACAGACGUCUAGCAGUGUGCGUGAGAUAAAGAAACUGGAAACAGCAAGGCGCACUCUUUCACUCCGCGGAGUAAAUGGCUUUAAGUAAACUGCAAUUGGAAAUAAGAAAGAAUACGUCAGCAAGUGGCUUUUUAAUACACGACGCGAUGGAAUCCGUUACACUCCGUGCCGAGUGAGAAGAGAGGAGCAUCUUUUUAAAGCCCAUGGCUAUGGAGAAUUCAAGUAUCAACCCCCCCAACGGGUCGUGCUCUCCGCUUUGUGAGCGCAACUGGACGGAUUUUAACUGCUCCAUUCCUGGACAAUGUUUCUACCCGAACUUUUAUGUCUUGCUGCCCGUCAUCUAUUCUGUGAUUUGUGCCGUAGGGUUGACUGGCAACACCGCUGUCAUCUACGUUAUCCUUAAGGCUCCCAAAAUGAAGACGGUUACUAACAUGUUUAUUUUAAACCUGGCCAUAGCCGACGACCUGUUCACCCUUGUUUUACCUAUCAACAUAGCCGAACACCUCUUACAAUAUUGGCCUUUUGGUGAAGUACUCUGCAAAAUUAUCCUUUCCAUCGAUCACUACAACAUCUUCUCGAGCAUUUACUUCCUGACGGUGAUGAGCAUCGACCGGUACCUUGUAGUGCUCGCCACUGUGAGAUCCAAAAGAACCCCCCAUCGCACUUACAGAGCUGCCAAGAUAGUAAGUCUGUGUGUCUGGGUUCUGGUUAUCCUCAUCGUACUGCCCUUCACCGUGUUCGCCGGGGUCUACACUGUUCCGGAGGAGCCAGACCGCAAGAGCUGCGUGCUCAGUUUCCCUGGCUCCGAAACGUUUUGGGUUAAAGCCGGCCGAAUUUACACUCUCAUUCUGGGGUUUGCAAUUCCAGUGUCAACUAUCUGCAUCUUAUACACGAUGAUGCUUUACAAACUACGAAACAUGCGUUUAAACUCCAACGCGAAGGUGCUGGACAAAGCCAAGAAGAAAGUCACCGUAAUGGUUUUCAUCGUCCUGGCUGUGUGUCUGUUUUGCUGGACGCCUUUCCAUCUCAGCACGAUAGUAGCACUGACCACUGAUCUGCAAACGACCCCCUUGGUGAUCGGAAUUUCCUACUUCAUCACCAGCCUCAGCUAUGCGAACUCUUGCUUGAAUCCUUUCUUGUACGCGUUUCUAGACGACAGCUUCAGGAAAGCUUUUAAGAAAAUGUUGGAAUGUAGACCUGCUUAAACAGGGCACGUUAUAGCGCCUGGCAUAAUGUGCCAUGUGAGGCUCCUGGAUCUGAAAAUACCAGUGUCUGGGACGGGCGGAUAUGAGGAUGGCUAACUGGAAAUACACGGAGACACGGUUUAUUUCAGAUAUUGAUUUAAUUAGUAAAAUAAAAUCGCUAUCAUUUGUGGAUCACAUGCGAAUGUUCGUUUUUGCCUUUUAAAUUUGGAUUACAGCUCAUUACCUUAAAAUAAUCAUAGGAUUGUUUUUAAAUUAUUGAAUUAUAAUUAUAAAGACACUUUAAUAAUUUCAGUUCUAAAGUGUAAUGCAUAUUAUUAGUUAAAUGAAACAAUAACAUUUUUCAAAUUAUUUAAACUAUGCAUCACGGCUAAUAUUUGAUGUAUACUUCCUAAAAUCUUACAAUUGUCAAUGAAGAAAAAAAAAAAAAAUCAAACGUGAAAUUCUUAAUAUAUUAGGGUUUAUCGCCAUCUUGUGUGGCCUGCUGGUAUGAACGUAGCAUAUUUCAUGAUUUUAUUGAUAAAAUACUAAGAGCAUGGCACACAUUUUUAUUUUGUAAUUAUUUACAUCAAAAUAGAUAUUGUCUUUGGUGCAGACAUUCGUACCAGAUGGCAAAAACUGUAUCCUUUUUCAGUGUUCAACAUGUUUUAUAAUGUUCUCCUGCAGCAUAUAUUUGAAACCUUUCAGCUUUACAGUAUCAAUGUAUCUUUUACAUUAUGUAAAUGUCACUUAAAACAUUCUGUGAUUUCCAGAGUCUCAUAAUAUAUUGUCAUUAAAAAAAGGCUUUUAAAUAACUUGUGUUGAACUUAUGUGCUGCAUAAAAAGGCAAAUGUACUUAAAAUGGUUCAUAUUUUUGAAUCAAUGUAAGUCUGAAUGUACUAUAAUUAUGCCAUAUUAAAUAUAAAAAGUAACUGUAUAUAAGAAAGCUUUGGUAAUUCUAUAUUUUUCUGCUUUUCAAAUGUUUCUUUGAGUAUGUGAAAAUGCAAAUUUUGACAGUAGAAUUAAUUAAAAUAAUUGCUGGAUUCACUUUUGAAUGAUAGUUGUUUUUAUGCCUCUUUAUUUUUGUUUUCCAGCAACAUAUGGCAUAAAACAAUUAAAAGAAUAUUUAAAAUGUGCUGUGCUAACAUUUACUACUACUACAUUUUCUGCAUGGAAAAUAAUGACAAUGAAUAUAUUUAUUAUAUUUAUCAUAAAUGCAGUUUACCAGAAUCUUCAUGUAAAUUACCUGUUUUGUCAUAUGAGUUAAAUAAUAAAUGUGCCCAAAAGCA